AGGUUGCGCUGUCCUCUCAGCUCGGCGCAUCCCCUCCACUGGACGAAGUGCGACCAUUUUGCAGGGGGGGAGCUGCAAGCGGUGGCCAUUGACGGUGCAAGAGAGGCAGGUUUGGGGCGCGGGACGGCGGCCUGAGUCGCUGGAUCCCCGGGGAUUAACGCCCCUCCCCCGGGAAGGCGAGCCAGAACAAGUGCCAACGCUUCUCGGUUAUUUUGUCGUCUUCGUCGCCAGUGCCCGCCUCCCUUCCUUGCUUCGAUUUAACCAGCCAAGAUGUCUAGGCCUGUCAGGAACAGAAAAGUAGUAGACUACUCACAGUUUCAGGAAUCAGAUGACGCAGAUGAAGAAUAUGGUAGGGAUUCAGGCCCUCCAGCAAAGAAAAUACGUUCAUCACCAAGAGAUGCAAAAAAUAAGAGGAGGUCUGGAAAAAAUUCUCAGGAGGACAGUGAAGACUCAGAAAAGGACAUGAAGACAAAAAGAGACGAUUCACACUCGGCAGAUGAAGAUUUUGGCAGUGACGAUGAUAUAGGAGCAGAUGAUGGUAAAGCUGACAGUGACUAUGAAAGUUCUCAAAAGAACAAAAAAGGAAAAAAAGUGAAGCCUGACAAGAACAAAAAAGCUGCUUCCAGAUCUAGAAAAAGGGCUGCAGAGGAUAGUGAGGAUGAGAAAGAAGAUCACAAAAAUGUGCGUCAGCAGCGGCAAGCAGCAUCCAAGGCUGCUUCCAAGCAAAGAGAAAUGCUAAUGGAUGAUGUGGGCAGUGAGGAGGAAGAUCAGGAAGAGGAAGAGACAUCAUUUCAGGAAAAAGAUUCUGGCAGCGAUGAAGACUUCCUUGCGGAAGAUGAUGAUGAUAGUGACUAUGGCAGUUCUAAAAAGAAGAAUAAAAAAGUGGCUAAGAAAUCGAAACCAGAAAGGAAAGAAAAGAAAAUGCCUAAACCAAGACUAAAGGCUACAGUUACACCUAGUCCGGUAAAGGGCAAAGGAAAGGGAGGUCGUUCCACAGCUUCAAAGACAUCAAAAGAAAAAACACCAUCCCCCAAAGAUGAUGAUGAUGAACCCGAAAGUCCUCCACAAAAGAAGAAAUCAGUUAGUCCUCCUCCAGACAAAUCUGGGGAUGAAGGGUCUGAAGAUGAAGUCCCGUCUGGUGAAGAUUAAACAGUGGUGUGGGAGAGAAACUUUUUUGAGAGAGAGUAAGGAAAAGAGGAUAUACUUAGGGGUAGAACAUGGUUUUGGUUGUGGCUUAACUAUUGGGCUGUAAAUGCCACUUUUACUUUAGUUGUUUUAAUAGUACAAUUCUUCUGUUUUGUUUUUUAAAGAAGACCUUUUAUGUUUUGAUGUCACAGUCUCUAUUGGCCAUUCCGUUCUCCCCAACAAAUCUGAAAGCCAUUUAGAUUUAAAUUAACAGCUAACUAAAGAUAUAUUUUUGAAAGCUUACUACAGCUGUUAAGCAAUAAGAUUGAAGCUGACACUUGGAGAUCAUUGUUAACAAAUAGAAUAGAUUUUCCAAAGUUGAGAAGUCAAUUUGCUUAAUUGAAUUUAAAACCAAUAAUUAUUGCAUAUAGCAUUUUUGUUGGCAUAAAUCCAUCCUUUAUACCUGAAUUAUUUUGAAUUCUAUUAAGCAUUGCAAAUUCUAAUACUUUGAAUCUUUUGGCUUCCACUGUUUAUCUUAGUGGCCAAGGGUUUUUUUUAGUAAUAAUUUAGUCUGAUCUGUUCCAGGCUUUGAGAAGGUCAUACCUGUUCAUACCAUUUAUAUCCUUUGUUAGCACAACAUUUCUAUUGGCCAAAAUGCAUUAAUAUCCUUCCAGCUUAUUCUGAAAUUUCUGUGCUUUUUCUGCUUUCUUUCCAUAAAAUUUAAUUUCAUUGAGAAAUUCUGGAAGCUGGAAUAACUGCUUUAAAAUUUUUGAGCAAUGCACUGAAUGAGUGAUUACACAGUAUCUUUUUUAACCACUGGGUAUUGAUUUAAAUAUAUUUCCCUUCAUAUUUCACAAAGUUGGAAUACUCUGUUUCUAUAACGUGUUUACUUCCCUUUCUGAAGAGUGAGUGCUGGUUCAUAACCAGGCCUUAUUUUUGGUUAGCAGAAGCUGGAUACCCAAGCUAAACAAGAAACAGGGUGUAAACUGGAAGUCCAUGAUUGAUACAGCAAUCCUGCCAGAAUUAACAUUUUAGUAUCUUAUGCUUAUAUACUGUAAUAUUUCUGCUUAUAUAUUGUAAGUUUAUAAAAAGUUAAGUGGAUAGCAACCCAAAAAUAUUCUCUUCUAGUCUAGGUCUACCUAAUAAGUAUGACAAAGCCAAAGUGAAAAUGAUGCAUAAUUCUGGUUUUCUCUUUCUUUCUCACAUGCACAUACAUACUCAUAAACCCAACAAAGUAUAAUUUGUCUUUCAAAAAUACUUGGCUUAUCCACCCUUUUUUAUUUAAAGCAAUGCUACUUGUGUCUAUAAUUGUUUCAAAUAUAAAUCUGGGUUGUUUAGCAAAAUAAUACACGCUCAUCCUGACUUGAAGUGAUACCUUUGAUCUAGACACCUUUGUUGGCUUCAUAAUUUUUGAACAAUAUCUAGAAAGUGAAAAUGCUUUGAGUUUCUCCAGUGGUGGGAUUCAAUAUUUUUUUAACUAUUGGUUCUGUGAUCAUGGCAGAGGAAGGAUACUGUAAAAUCUCCAGUCAGAAGUAGUAUUUGCCAGUUCUCCAAACUACUCAAAAUUUCCACUACCAGUUCUCCAGAACUGGUCAGAACCUGCUGAACACCACCUCUGAGUUUCUCCUUGGACAGAAGCUAAUCUGGACAGAGUAAUUUUUGCCAAUUUAAUUGAUAUUUAAAUGUUGAAUGGUUCUAGCUAAGUAUUAUGUCCAAAUUCUGAGUUCAAAACAGACUUAUCACAUCCUACAAAUUAAAUACUUGGUGACCUAGUAUAUGCAGUUGAUCCAAAUGUGCAGGUAUUGGAGUGAUUACCUCUUAAUUAUUAUGGUCAGCCAGCAAUAUAUAUUUUUGCUGCUGAUUCAGAUUUGUUUUAUAUAAUAUGCAUUUGUUUUCUUUCUGUGCUUUCGCUAACAGAUACAACUGUGUGUAAUAAGAAUUAGGUUGCCAUUUAGAUUUUUCUUAAAGAUAAAUGAUGGCAAUUUGAUUUCUUAAUCCAAAAUCAAAUGCUGUGCUUUCACCGAUCCUUGCAUUUAACUCCUGGACAAAAAUAUUUUCAAGGUUCCUGAAAUUUUUUAAUUCAGAUAAUAGUUUGGCCUUUUUCCAUUUGAUAAAUAAUCCAGAGACUGAACAUUAAUUUUUCCCCUAUUCACAUAACAGCAGCAAAGUAAUAUUUUAAAUAUUUCAUUCUAUUUUGCAGUCUUCUGUCUCUCUGCACAUAUUGCUUUUAUGUGAGGUAUUCUAGGGAUUCAACAGCUAUAUUAGUUUAUUUGUUCCAUAGAACAAGUGUUGCCAGAUAAACAAAUAGGUAUAUUCCAGUGAGUGCUAAUCACACUAUAUUAGUUGCAUCCUGGGAAUGGCAGAUUUUUUUUGAUGUAGUUUUAAUUAAGUAUUUCUUGCAUUUGCUGAAAAACCAAAAGCAAAUACGUUUAGUGUAUCUAAGUUAUUGCUUCAUAUAUAAAUGUGAUCGCAACAGGGGUAUACAUAAAAUUUCAGUCAAGUUUUGAGAGGUUUGUGUUUACACAUUACCUUUGAGGCCUGAACAGGUAAUUGUGGCUAUAAUACUGAAGAAAUAACUUGCACACCGUAAAAGGAUAAUAUUUAGAUACACUCUUUGUGAUGACUUCUCUUAGGUAUAAUAUUCUAGCACAGAUCAAACAAAAUGCAGGAGCAUAAUGGCUGGUUUGAUCUGAUAUUAAAAAAUCAUGUUGAAAUAUAUUGGGGGGGAAGGAAAGAAAUGUAUAUGCAUUUGGGUGAUUGAUGUGAUAUAAAUGUUGAAUAUACUCAAUUGUAAUUGCCUGCACCAAAUACUGAAACUGUUAAUACUUUUAGACUGAUUUUUAAAGCAUUACUUAAGUAUAUGAGACAGCUUAACUAGAGCUAAGGAAGAAAAAAAUGCUAUAACAUGCUGGAAAUUUAUGAGCUGUAGAAAUUGGUGCUUUUGCUUUAUGUAAUUUUUCUGUGGAGUGUUUAUUUUUUAUAACAAAUCAUAAUGUUGACACAUGAUUUUAUAAAAUAAAAGGAAAUCGAUUCCCAUGAUUUUAGGUAUUUGGUAAAUCAUAUUAGUAUUUGGGGGGGAGAUUUAACUCUUUCCCCUUUUCAAUUAACUUGAUUAAACUUCUGAAUCUGAAUGGCUUGGUCUCAACCUUGAUCCUCUUGUUACCGAAACUCUCCUUUCUUUCCACUACCACCACCCCCUUAAUUACAAUUGGAAUCUGGAUUAACUCCUCUUGUGUGAAAUGCACAGUGUAAAAGCUAGGUAUGGAUAUUCUUAAAGUGAUUUUCAGGGCCCAGGAUUUAUAAGCAAAACUAAGCUGACAUUUGGUUUCCCACUUUCUUCAAUUUACUGCUUUGCUGAAGAACUUCCAUUAUUUUCAGUUAAAAACUCUUCUAACAUUUAAAGCAAGUGCUUCUCUAUUUUGAGUCUAUUAAAGAAUUCACUACAUUUUGAUUUGAUGUGUUAACCUUUUUUAAAAAAAAUAUUGAUCCAAAUGUGCUGUUCAAAACAGUGGAAUGGUUCCAUCAGUUAGAGCAUGUCUGGUAUGAUGAUAAAAUACCAUUGUGCAUACAUUUUAUAUACCUGGGUAGGGAUUUUUUAAUUGAGAAUACAGCAUUGGGGCAGAACUUGCUAUAGCCACAAUAACAUAAAAAUCCUUCAAGUAUCUUGUAUGAGUGGAAAUGAAAGCGCAUGUGUGUACGCAUGCAUGGAUGUCAGCCUAACAACUUAAUGCGUGUUAGAAAUUCGUGGUUUACUGCUGGAGAAACAAUUAUUACAGAAAUUGUAUAUAAGAGUUUUACAUAAUUUGUUUAUCAGGAACAUGGCACAGUCAAACCUUAACAGUUCCCACAUUUUACAAAGAAACAAAUUUAUAUCAGAUAGAAAUUGAUGGAAUUAAACACCUUGGAUAUUUGUCUUGGAAUUAGCUACUUUGAUGGGUUCUAAGUCUGUCUGGAUUAAUGGAAAGCAUACAUUCAAAUGUGGUACCGAGGUCACCAGUCAUGAUAACCAAUAAAGUUGUCAGUCUGUUGACAAUGAAAUCUGCAGCAUGGUACUAAGGGUCAGUUUGAAUGUAAUAGUAAUGCUUUAUAUAAAAAUGAAUUUUAAAAGGGAGGGGGGUUUAAGUGAACAUGAUAUUGUUGACCAUGUUCGUGAAUUAUAGAUGCAACAUGCAUUGGUAGAAUUGUGUGACAGUCUUUCGUGCUACUUAAUUUUACAUAUUCCAGUCUGUAUGUACUUGCAAUUUAAAAAAAAAAAACAGUUCCUGCCUUGCUUUUUAUUGAAGGGUUCCCAGGACUGCAUAUCAAUUAUUGAGCUCUGUUUUAAAUAUGUGUACCCUUGGCUUGUAUUUUGUAUUAAAAGAGAACAUG